ACUAGAGCGCUUGUAUCUUUUCCGGAAGUGGUCGUGCAGGUGAUUAAUUUCUCUGGAGCGAACGCGAACAGGAUGACGCAGCUCGGCGCCAUCGCCUCCGUCGUCAUGGCGAUCACCGCCGCUGCCCUGUUCUCCUCUGUGCACAAGAUCGAGGAGGGGCACAUCGGGGUGUACUACAGGGGUGGUGCCCUCUUGACGUCCACCAGUGGUCCUGGGUUCCAUCUAAUGUUGCCCUUCAUCACCUCUUACAAAUCGGUGCAGACGACAUUACAAACAGAUGAGGUUAAAAACGUCCCUUGUGGAACAAGUGGCGGUGUUAUGAUCUACUUUGACAGGAUAGAGGUGGUCAACUUUCUCAUCCCUUCAGCAGGAGUAUACGAUAUUGUGAGGAACUUCACUGCAGACUAUGACAAGGCCCUGAUCUUCAACAAGAUUCAUCACGAGCUGAACCAGUUCUGCAGUGUGCACACCCUCCAAGAAGUCUACAUUGAGCUCUUUGAUCAGAUUGAUGAGAACCUUAAACUGGCUCUGCAGAAGGAUCUGACCACCAUGGCCCCUGGCCUCAUCAUACAGGCUGUUCGUGUUACAAAACCCAACAUUCCAGAAUCCAUACGCAGAAACUACGAGCUAAUGGAAAGUGAGAAAACGAAGCUGCUGAUCGCAGCGCAGACUCAGAAAGUAGUGGAGAAAGAGGCAGAAACGGAGAGGAAGAGAGCUGUGAUUGAGGCGGAAAAGCUGGCCCAGGUGGCAGAGAUCAAGUAUGGGCAGAAGGUGAUGGAGAAGGAGACGGAAAAAAAGAUCUCGGAGAUUGAAGAUGCUGCCUACUUGGCCAGAGAAAAAGCACGAGCGGAUGCUGAGUUCUACACUGCCCGUAAGAAUGCAGAAGCCAACAAGCUCAAGCUGACCCCGGAGUACCUCCAGCUGAUGAAGUUCAAGGCCAUUGCGGCCAACAGCAAGAUCUACUUCGGGAGUGAGAUCCCACACAUGUUUGUGGACUUGGGGGCCGGUGCCCAGCGGACCUCGGCAGUGGACAGCAUCUCCGAGGGCGGGGCCCAGGGACACAGCUAGGCCGGGCGCUAGGAGGGCCACGGAAUUGAGGAAAGCCAAAGUGAAGUGGGUACCUGCCAGGGCACAAGGAAGGCAGGCUGUGAGGGCUCUGGAGGUUAAGUGACCUGCCCUGGAAGAGAAAGAAACUGUUUAGUUUGACAAUAGCAUUAAUAAUAGCACCUGUUAAGGGGUGUGUGGUGGGGGUGGGAGAACAAGAGUAGUCAAAUACCAGAUCUUCCAGUACAUUCCAUUACAGGAUUUGUGUACAACCACCUCGUUGUUUGUUAAAACUGAGUUCACAUUAAUAUAUUGAAAUAGCUCGUGGUAUGUAUGCCUGGCACUAAAAUGGAAGUUCUAGUAUUUCCCUGCUUCUGUUCCAUAGUGUAAUGUGUUCUUUUAAAUGUGCACUGUUGUGUUAUUUUUUUUUUACUUUUCUUCCCUGUUGAUUGAAUCUGUUUGAACUUUGUAAAGAUCAAGUCAUAGGUAAGCACUGAUUUACUGAUGGAAGAAUCAAUCGUAUCAGUAAAAAAGAAAGUUUAACCUAUUUGUAUCGUUAAACCAUCUCAGUGGCAGAAAUGCUUUUUUUACUGUUUGGUGCUAUGACACAUGAUUUAAAAAGUUCCACAUUGCACCUGAUUGUGCUUAUUAAAAAACUGACUUCUACUACAUUGAAAAUACUAAAUUUUAGAAAAAGUUAAAUGCAUGUUUUAAGAUUGAGUACACUGGGAAAAAAAUAGCAUCAGUUUUCCUUAUGACUUGUUCAGAUGGUCUGAAGUCUGGAGGUCUGCAGAGGGUUAGGUCAGCAGCAGUGGUGGUAUACAAGUAUGUGGCAGUAUCCUUCUAAAAAGAAUUAAGAUGACUUGCUAAGCAAAACCAAAUAAAAUUCCAUUUUCUGGUAACUGUACCAUGUGUAUUGUGCCAGACGCUGGCCAGGGAGGGACUGAGAGAUAUGAGCACAUUCAAUGCAAGAUGAACUACAGUGACACCCUAUGGUCGAUGACACCAUAUGAUCCUCCUGAUUGUGAAACUGCAAUUUGACAUGUUUGUCAAAAGGGGAAGUGGGCAGACUGAAAGUUCAGGAUUUUCCAGCGGAUUCUAGCCGAUUCUUAUUAAAACAAUUUAGUCCUCUGUCCUCUAAAGUGUGGCAUAGUUUAUUGGCCCAUCUCCUUUGGUUAUAAUCAGUGGCAGCAGCAUUUUAUUAAAUAAUGGGUUUAUCAAGAAAUGCAAUUGAGACAUUAUUUGAGAACAUUAUUCUUGGGCAAUGAGGGAAAUUCUGGUUUUUAUCAUCUCUAGGGGCGGCUUCUUUACUAAGCAUUUCUGCAUAGAGGGUUUGUUGUUUUUGUGAAUAGGGCACCUGUCUGGCUUGUCCUCGAAACUCAGGUCAGUUUUUCUGCCUUUACUUUGGAAUCUUUUGAAGGUUAUUUCCUUUAUGUCUUAUUGUCCUUUCUGCAAAGGUCAUGUCUAGUAGGUGUUUUUAAUUUAACAUCUGAAUUCAUUCACCUGAGGAGAUCCAUUGUGGACAAAGGCUUGUACAUAUAAUCCAGACAAAUCUCAGUCAUGAAUUUAAACAAAAUGUUGGUGCACAUGUACAUAAAAUAAUACGUACUUUUUCUACCCAAGUCAUGAGGGAUCAAACAUUUUAUUCUCUAUUUCAUCCUUUUUUGCCUUUACUGUGUAAAUUUACUAGCAUCAUUUUACUAACUAUCCUGCUAGAAGAAUGGAAAAUUGCUAACUGCAACUUAAGCGUGAGCUGGCAACAUGCAUGGAACGUGAGGGGCAGAGCCCGCAUCGGGCACCCUGAGCAGAACUGAGAGUGCCUGAUAUCUGCCUAAGCCAUGAUUGACAAAAUCUGGAAGUUGUCUGCUUAAACAAUAAUUAAAGGAACCCAAGAAUAUUCUUACAUUUUAUCAUGUACCAAGGCUAGCAGCCGUGGCUUUAUACCAUAUAUGGCAUGGAAUUGGACUGAAACUAUUCUGGGUGGGUUUUCCGUUUGUGAUUUUGUAUAAAAAGCGUCCAUUUGUAUCAGUAAGUUGAGUCAGUGCUUCGUCGGCUUUGGCUCCUGUAUGCAUACGUAAUGAAGGUAAUGCCUGCUUAUUUUUAGUUUUUCACACCCUAUGUGCAAAUAAUGUCCAUGUCAAGGGAGGUAAUAUCUGUGGUCUUACGAACAUUACAGAGACCAUCAAGUAGCCUGUUUUUUUAGGCUUAAGCAGAGCAGCUGACAACUUGUACAAUGAGAAACUGGCUUGUGUCUCAAGGAUUUUCCAGAAUAGGGCCUUUUGUGUCCAAUGAUUUAGGCACUUCAAGGUAUAAUUUCUAACAGGAUUUUCUACAACAUAAGGCUUUUGCUGAACACUAGCAGUAAUUGAGUUUAAUACCUCAUUGUUCAAUGGAAUAAUGUUAAAUGGGCAAAAAGUGCAAAGUGUUAUUUUUUAUUUUUUAACAGGAACCAUUGAUGUACAGUGCCGUGAAAAAGUAUUUGCCUGAUUUCCUCUAUUAUUGCAUAUUUGUUACACUGGAUGUUCUCAGAUCUUUAGAGAAAGUCUGCUAUUGGAUAAAGGGAACCUGAGUGAACUAA